CAGCUGGCUUCUUUGGAUCCAGCUCGAAUAAGUAAUAAUUAGCACGUGUAUGUGUUGUUGGAGGUCAAUGCUGGAGAAGGCAGCGAACUGUAGCCUGUCAUUCCGUAUUGCACCACGGUUUCGUCCAUAGCGUAGUCGCAUGUCUUAUUCCAUCAGCCCAGCUGCUUGAACUACUCACCCGGGGUAAAACCUACUGAACUCCAUCGCAAAACUUUCUUUCUGCAUUCCUCUCAUAUUCUUCUGUCUUUCUCGUUGUUUGUGUGUGAAAAUAGGCUCAUGUAGCCGUCCCCCAGUGCGAUGAUCCGCCGAUAUGUGAGUCCGCGGCGACGGCCGUCGCGUUUUCGAUUUCCCAUCUGGCUUUGGCUGCUUCUCGCGUUGGGUGUGAUAGAGUCUAUACUUCAUUGCAGAACCUUCAAUGCGCCACGGCCAGCCGACGAGCAAGAUCAGCCCUUCUACACGUCUUGUCGCGAACCUGAUGUGACCGGCAAACGUGAGAAUGGAGUUCUGGUGAUGCUGGCGAAGAACUCCGAGCUCAAGGAAGCCAACCAUACAGUCGCCUCGCUAGAAAAGCACUUCAAUCAUUGGUUCCACUACCCGAUCGUCUUCCUCAACAACGAGCCAUUCGACGACCAAUUUAUCGAGGCGUUGAACAGUACAGCAAGCGGUGGGGCGACAUUUGAAGUGAUCCCGCAGGAAGAAUGGACGUACCCCGCGUGGGUCAACCAAACAGCCGCGAAGAGCAGUAUCGUUGAGCAAGGGGCGCGGGGCACCAUGCAUGCAGGCCAGGAAGGUUAUCACCACAUGUGCCGCUUCUAUUCGGGGAGUUUCUACCAUCUCGAAGCCCUGCGAAAGUACAAAUGGUACUGGAGACUAGAACCCGAUGUCGACUUCCUCUGCUCGAUUACAUACGAUCCGUUUGUGGAGAUGUCUCGGCGUAAGAAGGUGUACGGCUUCACAAUUUCCUUGUGGGAAGAAUGGGACACGGUGCCGUCGCUCUUUCGACACACGGCCGAGUUCAAAGAGGCGUUCGAUCUGGUGUCGUCGGCAUUGUGGAAGGCCAUGAUGGAGCCCUCAUGGCUUCCAUAUCCGCUGCGGCCGCUGAUGAGCCUGCUGCCACACCGCGAUCAAUCUGGCGACGCCUGGAGCGGCUGCCAUUAUUGGAGCAACUUCGAGAUAGCAGAUCUCGACUUUUUCCGGGGAAAGCGGUACCAGGCUUUCUUCAAGGCCCUUGAUGAUACGGGAGGCUUCUAUUUCGAAAGGUGGGGUGACGCCGCUGUACACUCGCUGGCUGUCGGCAUGCUUCUCGACGCCGACAAAGUACAUCAUUUUGAGGAUUUCGGAUACAGACACGACGAGCUUUUCCAAUGCCCGGCCAAUGCACCAGACGGGCAGUUACCUGAGUCUCAGGCGCUUGGGAACGCGUCGUCAUACUCGGCACCAAUUGAUGGAGGAAUUGGGUGCCGGUGUGAAUGCGACGGCAAAGUGAGGAGGAACCACAACGGGUACUGUCUCAAUAAGCUGAAAGAGCCUAACAUUGCGCAGCGACCGUGGUUUUCUUGGACACUGUGACGUGAGUUUGGAAGGGAAAGAUGGUCGCGCGCAUGUAGAGACACACAGAAGUAUACCCAUGUUUUGUUAGAGUACAUAGAAGAACG